AUGGAUGCCAAUGCACUGCCUACGCCUCGAAGAAGAAGCAAGCGAGUUCAAAGCACUUCCAAACAGUCUACUAACGAUGACUCAUCGGACAACAUUGUCACGCCAGAUAUUGUACAAAGCAACAAGAGGCACAAACACAUGAAGGGUUCGACGACCAAAGACACAACUUCAAUCAAGGUGGAAGUCGUCAAAUCUGCAAUUGUGAAAAAUGCCAAGAUGAAGGUGAAGCGACCCUCUCCUGCCGAAUCUUACUAUGUCACAGCUGCCUUGUCCAAAUUGCAUCCGGAGAUUGUAGACCGCAAUGACGAGCGACGAAAGAAGGCUCACCAGUCCUGUGGGAGUCAAGAUACUAUCACAGAUUCCAUCAUGCAUACCAUGCUGUCUCAGAAUACAACCGAUGCCAACAAAGAUCGAGCCUGGGCUAGUUUGAAACGGAAAUUUCCAACCUGGGAUCAGGUGGAAUCUUGUGAGAAUCUAGACGAGAUUGAAAGCGCCAUCAAAGUCGCUGGAUUGGCAAAGACAAGGGCGCAGCGUAUGCAAAAUAUUCUUCGUCAAGUAAAGCAAGAAAGAGGGGAAGCUAGUCUAGAAUACAUUCGGGAUUUUGAUGAUGAUAAGGUAAAGAAGGAACUAUCGAGGUUCAAAGGACUGGGACCCAAGACCAUUUCUUGUGUUCUCUUAUUUUCUUUGGGAAGAAAUGAAUUUCCAGUAGACACUCAUGUCUUGCGAAUCACUCAAAAGAUGGGUUGGAUCUCGAGCGGCACAAAUCGAGAACAGGCAUACGAAUACCUGAAUGACAACAUUCCAAACGAAAUCAAAAUGGACUUACAUUGCCUUUUGGUCCGCCACGGAAAGGUUUGUCACAAGUGUGCUGCUAAUGGAAGGCCCCAAUUUCCGCCUGAAGAUGGUAGCCAACUGGAUUGCCCUCUCCUCAAAGUGUCAUCUUGGAAAGGCAGUGUUCCCGGAGCUUUUGUGGUGCACCUUGCCAAAGCUUACGGCGACAAUACGUCAUCGUCAGCUGUCGCAAUCAAGUCUGAGAUAGUUCCAGAUCUUCCAAAAUCAAAAUAG